GAAAUUGCAAAUUCAACUUCCUUGGCUGGCAGAGUACUGUAGUGUAGAUCAAGUGCAAAUUGGAAAGUUAGUUUGAUGGAAAGCAUACCCCAACUGCGCUCCAGGUCCCAGACCCUGCCAUUCUAGGGUGAGCUUGCACCAUGACCGAAGGACAUGAGCAUUGUACUGUAUGCUACGAUUGCGAUUGUGCUCAUGCGGAAAGUAGCUGCGCUGUGAUAUUCUGUCGCAAUCAGUGCGGCUCCAGGUUUCAUGCUUGCAAAGAAGAGGAGCAUCUAGCAUUGUGUCCCAGGGAGGUGAUCGCCUGCCUGAACGUGCAGCAUGGUUGUCCGUAUAAAUUUGAGCGGUAUCGGCAAGGUCCUCACCUGCUGCACUGUCCGGCAAGCGUCGUCUGCUGUAGUCAUACCUGGUAUCGUCGGAACAAGGCGGAAAUUGAGGAUGGAAACCCUUGUCCCGAUCCUCUUCUCCCCGGUAAUCACCUCGACUUUGCGCUGGCGCUGUGCGACCAGGACAGAGUGGGAGGUGCAGAGAAUUUGCGGGAAUGUGUGGUGCCAGCAAGACCGCGGUUACGACUUUGCCCUGGCAUAAGCUUGUCGCCGCGUCAGGAAGCGCCAGCAACACUGAAGACAGCACUGUUUGCCCCCUGUUCAACGAUGCAGAAGAGUACAGAGGAGACUGCAGACUCCUCAGAGCGCUUUGGUUGCACCACGCCCGAUGGUCUCGUGGACAGCAGGAGGGACAGUUUGAAAUCCGAGGAGCGUAUGCUGGAUGCUCGUCUACCUCAGGUACAUCACAUGCCGCCCUCCGGUUCGAAUACCCCGGAUAGAAGCAUCGUUAGGUCUCACUCAAGAGAACUUGACACCGUCACUAGCGGUGAUGAUACUGAUGGCAAUGACGGCAGCCAACGCGAGCAAAGUAAUUCACCAGAGUCACCCUUGCCGGAUGCAGAGCCAUCGACACAUGAAGCUGAGGAGGGGACGGUGAACUUUCGGUCGGAGGAGACGGCGCAAAGGUCUCCAGAAACGGAAGCACAGUCGGGGGAUGACUUCCGGAAUAGGUCUGACUCGAGAAAAAGCAACCGGGCUCUUCGGGCCCCCGCCACGUUUCUCCGCGGCAAAAAGCUUGCCUGGAAACGGCGCAAUGAAGCGCAGGAAUCGCCAAGGGUCCGAACGCCACAUCCCGAUGUUGACUCCAGCAUGUCGACUAAGCUGAGAGGACACAUCAAGCAUGGCAAGCACAUGUUGUCCAAGGCGCUAGCUGAGGCAAUCCACAACCACAACAAUAAGGGUGUGAAGAGCAGUGCAUCGGUAAAGCAUCUUGCAAUGGAUCGGGCACGCUUAAACUACUCAGACAGCACGGACACAGAUGUAGACGUUGUUUUGGUCGGCGGCAAGGGGAACUCUCCUGCCAGGAGUUCACAUGACAAUACUAUGCUGACACCAUUGCCCAUCACACCUCAUUCUAGUGAUACCUACUACUUUAACCGCGAUGACGAUAUUCUCAAGGGUCGCUGGCAACAUACUGAGAAGCUGAGCGCGCCAACGUGCUUACCGGCAGAGAGCAAUGUGCGAAUGCUCCAAUCAGGCCGAGUUGCUUCGCUCCUGUUCGAACUGUCUUUGUUCUUUUCUCCGCGACAUGUCCUGCCUUGUGAUGGUCUUGUGCAGUGCCAAUGCUUGAAGUUCUUUCGGCGCGAUGAGAUUGCCAGCCACCAAGAAUUCGCCCAUGCAGGCAUCGACUCGUUGCUCGCGGCCAAUCUCUUCUACGAGCGCUGCCCAAUGGCCAGUUUUGGCUGUACGUAUGCCAGGCCUGCUCUGAGGAUGCCGUGUGACAGGUGGACGCUGCAUGUCGUGAAGCGCUCCCUGGCGAUACGGCCGAAUGCGCCCAUCGAACUGCUGGCCCUCAACAAUGGCUCGCUCUCGGAGUCGUCGCCACACCUGACAACGCUGCCCUCUUCCACACUGCAGCGCAUCUGCACAUUCCUGGACCCGCUCUCACUGAUGUGCUUCGCAGAGACUUGCACGCACUUACGCCAAGUUGUCAGCAGCGUAGUCCAGCAGCGCGGAAUGGUCACGCCGGUCUGGGAGAGAGCGGAAGAUGAUGACGGUGAAGUGUCGUGGUCCAUUUCAAGACUUCGCUGGACAUUGUCAACGUUCGUAGCACCCGUCUCUCUUUGUAGCUGGGUGUCAACAGAGUUGAGGCCCACCAAGGAUCACCUGCACUCAUGCCCGCUCUUUCUGUCUGAUUGUCGCCGCUACGAGAACCAGUGGCACGCACUCCCAGGCCUCACCAAUGUCGAGUGUGUGGAGGUCACCAAUGACAGUGAAGCAGACACAGGAUCUGACUCUGAUGACGGACCCGAAGAGGCAGAAGGCAGUAGGUCCAAUGGCAAUUUGACCGUGACUGGCUUCGCGCCGCAAUCAACACAUCACUCGUCGUUCCGCAAGACCUCCCGAAGCAGGCGGACGUCGACAAGCUAUGCAGCCGAGCAGCUCACCGUCCAGCUGGACAACUGUGAUGUGAUCAGCGACGGGGAGCAUGACGAACUGGACUCUAGCGACCCGUAGCAGUGCAAGCCUGCAGUGAGUGAUGCAAAGUCCACGACUGAGUGUGACAGCCUAGUAGCAAUACCUAGUUAGAAUAGGUAGUGCUAUUGACUGAGUAUUUACGUAUACCUGGCGCUGAGCAGAAAUUUAGGUUGCUGCACCAUCUAGCUUUGUUGUGUAUGCACUCCUAACUCAGUAAUAGCUUUUGAAACUCUGCUGUCCUAAUGAAUAUCAACCAGUAAGCUUGGCUACCCUGCAGUCAUAUAUUUAUCACCUUGCAUGUGGCAUGCUCAGCAGCGUUGAUUCUCCGCACCCAUGUGAUGUGGGUGUUGCACACGUGUGCGUGUGCAUGCACGCGAGCGCGCAUCAUGAUGUUAUCCAGCUCGGCAUUGACUCGAUGUUAGUUCAGCUGGAAACAUUCCGCUUUCUGCCCGUGUUGUUAUCUGUGAUCGGCUUUCGUCCCGCACAGCCCCUUUGCGUAGUCUUGUGAACUUUCUCUUUGAACAAUGAUUAUAGGUCCUUUCCUUCUCUACCCACCCUCAUACACAAGUAGUUUUAUUCUGAUUACUGCUACCAAUGAUGUUGCGCUGAGCUGCAUGCUGACGAUGGAAUUACCUCUAGUGUGAA